AUGAGACUCCAACCCAACCACUCUCAACACCAUCAAAAUGGUGUCAAUAACCAUGAAGAUCAAGAAGAAGCAUUGUUGGCUCUGGUCGAACUCCGUACUCGUGAAGUCAAAAGUCUCCAGUCUGAUAAGUAUCAGAGAGUCCCUACUGAACAGGAAGUCAAAGUUAAAGACAGAGGGAGCAAAAGGAAAUAUGAACAUAAAGAGGAUGUUAAUUUGAUUUCCUUGAUAAGUAAGAGUUCUUCACCUGAAUUACUCUCGCAUCAAAUAAGUCAUCACUUCUCAAGUCAACACAAGAGGAGAGUGCGAUGUGUUGCUGUGUGUCCUGUGAAUGAUCACCACUUUGUGACUAGUGCUUUGGAUGGAGUGGUCAACUUGUGGGAUGUUCAUUCUUCAGAGUAUGUCUUCGAUUUUCUUUUGAGCCAUUUUCAGAGAUGGCCAGAAGAUGUAGUUUGGCACCCAGAGGGGAACAGCCUGCUUUCAGUAUAUAGUGCUGAUGGUCAAGACCAUCAAAUCUCAGUGACUGACUUCAGUAGAGUAAAAGGUGGAGGGAGAGCAUAUGUCAAUUUCAUAGAAGACAAACCUCACGUGAAGGGUGUUAUAAAUAGCAUUGUGUUUCUGCCUUGGGAGAAUACCAGUUUUGUAACCGGAGGAACUGAUCAUGCUGUGGUAUUGUGGCGUGAGAAUGAUCAGAACAAAUGGAAGUGA